UAUGCUAUUUGGCUGUUUUACAGGGACUGCAGGCAGAAUGAAGACUGUACUGUGCCUCCUGGUGCCUCUCCUGGUGGAAGUCCUGUCCAUUGAUGGGGAAGUUCCGACAGAUAAACCUGGGAAAUGCCCCCCUCCCGAGGAGCUGUCUCUAGGGGUGUGCUUUAAUAAGCUGUGCAACACUGAUGGGGAAUGUACAGGAAGCCAGAAAUGCUGCAAAACCGGCUGUGAUGGCUACCAGUGCCAGAUGCCAGUAGACAAGCCGGGAUCCUGUCCCCCUGUUGAACCUCUGAAUGGGACAACCUGUGUCAAGCCCACCACUCAGUGCAUAUCCGACAGUAACUGCAACGACAACCAGAAAUGUUGCACAGCGGCGUGUAACAGCACAUCCUGCCAGAUACCGCCUUGCCUUUGUUUGUCCCGUAUGUCUCCUUUUCGCUACUUAUUUGCUGUGAUUGGCGGGUGUCCAGUAAUCGCUCUGCAGUUUCCUUCAUUUUGUUGUUCGGGAGAUUACAAUGUUUGUGAAAAGUUGACCAUCCCUCAAAUGUUGGCAGCGGUGUCUGGGAAACGAGCGAGCCCUGGGCAAACAGUGCAAGCGGUGUGCGGUAUAAUAUCCGGAAUAGGAGAACGUUGCAGUCCCGGGGUGAAGGAGAAGGACCAUCAUUCCGCUAUAUUCGGUCCUUACGCCAUUUCCUCAUUCCAUGGCGUCCCUAAGCUGGGUGACACCCGGAGCGGAGACCAGGUGACAGCCCAUCGUAACGUCAUCGCGCAUGCGCUGUCGUAUUAA